CGGGGAUGAUCGCGUGUACGUCGCGUGCCAGGCCCCACGCAGCCUCUCGGUUAUUUGGUUGCUGCACAGCCGCCGCAAAACACGACGCGGAACUGUCCGUUGCCGGAUUAUUUGAAGUUAUGCGACGACGUGAAAAAUGUUGGCUCAGAAGACCCAAGACCCUAAAGCUCGGGCGCAUAUGAACAAUUUUCUUGCUUAAAGUGGAAAAAGGUUUGUGUGUGAUGACUCCCCUUCCUGUCCGGUAGCCUCGGCAGCGCAGACACCGCGAACGGCACCGUGUACAGAGCGAACAUAUCGUGACCCAGAGCGCAGGAGCGGGUCAUGGACCAGUACCCUGAGCAGUACGAACCGGUCCAGUACCACUGGUUCUACAACCAGCAGGAACGUGGCCGUGACUCCUGGCAGCCGUUCAGUAGGAAGGAUUCCAGCAGGCUGGAGGAGGCGCACGAACGCGUGGGUGGGGGUGACGUGGAUGUGGUAGUGGCCACUGAGGGGAGGCGUUAUGAUGUGCGGCUGGCGGAGAGGCUCCGCUACGCCGUGUACUGGGAGCAGGAGCCUUCGGAGGUUCGCCGGUGCUCCUGGUUCCACAAAGGCAACAAGGAGAUGAUGUACACGCCCCACACGGAAGCCAUCAGCAACCUGCUGGAGGAAGCCUACAUGGUCUCUGUGACACUCAGUGAAUGGAGAAGACAUUUGGUACUGCCGACAGGAGAAAAUGUUAUCCUUCACAACCCAAAGCUGAUGACCCAGCACCCAGUCCCCUGCAGGGACUUUCCCCCCUCCCCCAGUGAGCGCACCCAACCCCGCACACUGAAGAGAGGAGUGGAGAACAUUUCAGUAGAGAUCCCACAGGGAGAGCCUGACACUGUGGAUCACCUGGUGUUCAUGGUGCAUGGCAUCGGUCCAGCCUGCGACCUGAGAAUGAGAGGCAUUGUCCAGUGUGUGAAUGAGUUCCGCAGUACGUCACUGGCUCUCAUCAGCAGUCACUUCAGCUCCGUCGAGGACGCUAGUGACAUCGGCUGCGUCGAGUUCCUGCCCAUCAACUGGCACAAAGUACUUCACAGUGAAACUACAGGAGUGGACAGAGACAUCGAGCGCAUCACUCUGCCCAGUAUCAGCCGCUUACGCCAGUUCGGCAAUGACACCGUACUGGACUUGUUCUUCUACAACAGUGCCACCUACUGCCAGACCAUUGUGGAUACAGUGGGCUCUGAGAUCAACCGCCUUCACAGCAUCUUCCUCCAGAGACAGCCGCACUUCAGCGGGGGCGUGUCUGUGGCUGGACACAGCCUGGGCUCCUUAAUCCUGUUUGACCUCCUGACGAAUCAAAAGCCAGAGUCACAAGGCACUGACUUGGAAAAGACUGCACUGCAACAAGAAGACCUCAGCCCUUCAUCCAAGUCCAGCCGCAGUUCCCUGAAGAGCCUAGAGGAGGUGCUACUGAGCAGUGGGCUGGAAGACCACCUCAAAGUCCUGCAGAGGGAAGAAAUCGACCUGGAGGCUCUGAUGCUCUGCUCUGAGCGUGACCUGAAGGAUCUGGGGAUUCCCCUGGGCCCUUGCAAGAAGAUCAUGAGCUAUAUGAAGAAACUGGAGUACCACUCUCCUGCUGGAGGUGCGGACCAAACCGGACCACGUUCCCAGACAACGGAGAGAAAUAAUUCCUCUGAACUCCGUACCCUAAUCCAGGAAUGCCCACCCACUACCAGCGCUGUGGCCUAUCAGCACUUUGAUGUUGGUAUUGGACAGGUGUCCGUUCACUACCCGCAGUUCUCCUUCCACCCCAAAGCCUUUUUCGCCCUUGGCUCUCCCAUAGGAAUGUUCCUGACCGUCCGAGGCUUAAAGAGAAUCGACCCCGGUUACAGUUUUCCCACCUGCGGCAGCUUCUAUAACAUCUUCCAUCCUUUUGACCCGGUGGCGUACAGGAUCGAGCCCAUGAUUUUGCCCCCGGACGUGUGUGUGCCUCCCAUGCUGAUACCCCACCACAAGGGCAGGAAACGGAUGCACCUGGAGCUGAAGGAGGGGCUGACGCGGGUGGGGUCCGACCUGCUGGGAUCCUUACGCAUGGUCUGGCAAAGUUUCUCCUCAGUCCCUGCAUCAGCGCUGGCUGAAGGGGGCGCCACCGAGACAGCCGUGUCUCCGGCCGAUGAGAUGGAAGACUGUCUGGCGGAUCAGGAAGAAGAGAAAGUUCUGACGGUGGGCAGGUUGAACCGGGGCCGACGCAUCGACUACGUCUUGCAGGAGAAGCCAAUCGAGAGCUUUAAUGAAUACCUGUUUGCCAUCCAGAGUCACCUGUGCUACUGGGAGUCUGAAGACACAGCUCUGCUCCUCCUCAGGGAGAUAUAUGGGGAGGAGACGUGCAAAUCUCCCUCACAGUAGGAGAGCGCCACAGUGGUCACGUGUGACACCACACUGAGUGUUGUGUGCGAGGUCACGUGUGAUACUACACUGCCAAAAAGAGGCAUGCUUGUCUUCCAUGUUCAUGUUGACAUGUCUGACCUCUGCCCCCAGCAAUAAUCGUAUGUCCGGUACCCUGGGUCAGGUGCUCUGGGUCUUCCACCCUCUCAUUACCAUGGCGUCAGGUGAUCCCAGCACCUGUUUUUAUGGGCCAGCCCGGGAAUCCGUGCCAGGUUUUCAGCUCAGCCAUACACUAAGCUACUGGAGGAAAUGACCUUGAGGGGAACCAGCCAGUGGCAUUAAAGCUCUUCUUAGGGAGCCUGUGCUCUAAUACACCUGAGAGGAGUCUUAACCAGGUGUCAGGUGUGUGGGAGCAGAGGCUGCGUUACUGGGUAUAACCCCAUACAUCCCAUAAUGGUACCUGUCGGUGCAUGCCCAGACGAAACCUUCACUUUGCACGGUCGUGUAGACUGACACUUAUGUGUAAAUAAAUGUUGUAAUGAAUUGAUUCUUUAACCGCGUUUUCCGCUUUAAUAAGCGAUUGUUAACACCGUGUGCAUCUUUGUGAGGAUUUAUAUUAAAUACUGAAUGAACGUA